GUGACAGCUAGAAGAAGCCCAUUGAGGAGAGGAAAAAGAAGGAAAAUGCUCACUUCCAUUAUGCAAGGGCGCUUUUCCAGAUUGUCAUUGCUUGUCUAAUUGAUCAGAAGCUAAGAAAAAAAUGGCAGAGACGUUCUUGAGUCCUCUCAUUGAAAAGUUGGUUGGCCUACUUGCUGAAGAAAUAUAUUUGUUAAGAGGAGUCCGCAAAGAAGUCAAAACUCUGAAAGAUGAAUUGGAGAUCAUCCAACCUUUCCUUAGAGAUGCAGAGGCGAAAUCGGAGAAGGGAGAAGUGAACAAUGCUGCGAAAGUAUGGUUGAAGCAAAUAAGAAAGCAAGCAUAUCGCAUUAAAGAUGUGGUCGAUGAGUACCUUUAUCAUGUUGAACAACAUCGCCAUGAUGGUGGGUUUAUCGGCUCUUUACGCAAAGGUGGUCACUACAUUAAAACUUUGAAACUACGCUAUGACAUAGCUUCAGAGAUCAAAGAAAUUAAAGAGUCAUUGCGUGAAAUCAAGGACAGAGGUGUCGGCUAUGGUUUAAGACCACUGGAACAAGGAUCAAGUAGCAGCACAACUAAUAAUGAAGCACGUGACCCUCGCCUCGGAUCCCUUUUCCUGGAGGAAGAUGAAAUUGUUGGUAUUAAUGGUGCAACCGAGGAACUUAUAGGAAGGUUGACUGGAGGACUGUCCAUGCGCUCAGUGACUUCGUUGGUAGGUCAAGGGGGAAUUGGUAAGACAACUCUUGCUAGGAAAGUCUACAAUGAUGAAGUUGUGAAAGCUCACUUUGAUUGUCGUGCUUGGAUCACGGUAUCUCAGUCAUACGAUAUGCAGAAGCUUUUGAGGAUCCUAGCAAGGCAGAUAUGUACUGCAGGGGAGAGAAUUGAGGAAGAUUGUUCAGAGGAAGAGUUAAUUGGUCUAUUGAGGCAGCAUCUGCAAACAAAGAGGUACAUGAUUGUUUUUGAUGAUGUAUGGCAGAAAGAGUUUUGGAAAGAUAUAAAACAUGCUUUGCCAAAUAAAGAUAAAGGCAGUAGGAUAAUUAUCACAACACGUAAUUUCACCGUGGCUAGUUUUUGUCGUGAAAACCCUUGUGAUCUUGUCCAUGAGGUACAAACUUGGUCCUCAGAAAUGGCUUGGCAAUUAUUUUGCAAGAAGGCAUUUCGAAGUGAUGAGUUUGCAGGGCGUUGUCCCCAAGAGUUGGAGCAAUUGUCUCGUGAGAUUGUUAGCAAAUGCCUAGGCUUGCCACUUGUCAUUUCGACCAUAGCUGGUCUUUUGUCAACCAAAGAAAGAGUCGAUUCCGAAUGGAGAAAGGUGCUUAACAAUAUUAGUUCAGAGUAUCAAAGAACUGAUAUUACGAAAAUUCUCUCCCUAAGUUAUCUAGAUCUACCUUACCACCUUAAGACUUGCUUCUUAUAUUUUAGCAUCUUUGGUGAAGACCAUAAGAUUUCUGAAAGUACAUUGUAUAAACUGUGGUCUGCUGAAGGUUUUGUUAAAGCAAGAAGCAACAAAACAUUGGAAGACGUAGCCGAAGAAUACUUAAAUGAGCUCAUCCAAAGAAACUUGGUUUUGUUUGAAAUAGAAUUUGGUGUUGAAAGAGUAUGUAAAGUCCAUGAUCUGAUGCACGAUAUCAUCUUAACUAGAGCAGGUGAAUUGUGCUUUUCUCAAACUAUAAAAAAAAGUAACCUCAAUCUUGUAGAAAACAGUUACCGCCUCUCAAUUCAUGAUACUACAGAAAAUGUCUUGGAAAGAGUUAUGGAUUCCAGCAUUCGGUCGGUUUUUCUGUUUGACGUCAAGGAAUGCACAAGGUCGUUCAUGAUUAAUUUAGUUGAAAAUUUUAAACUUUUGGAAGUGUUAGAUUUUGCUGAGGUGCCUCUUGAUGAUCUCCCAAAAGAAGUGGGGAAGUUGUUCCACUUGAAAUACUUGUGUUUAUCAGGUACAAGGGUGAAAGUUCUUCCCAAAUCUAUUGGUAAGCUGCACAAUCUACAGACAUUGGAUGCUAGGAACACCUUAGUGACGGCGCUACCGAUCGAGAUUACUAAACUAAGGAAUUUACGACACCUUCGCAUUUAUUCAAUUGCUAAGAAUAGCCAUUCUGGUUUUACAUAUUGCGGUGUGAGGAUACGCGGUGGAAUUGGAAUGUUGGAGGAGUUGCAAACACUAGAGAAGGUGGAAGCAUAUCCUGAUGGAGUUGGUUUUGUCAAAGAGCUGCAGAAACUUAGGAAACUAAAACGUUUGGACAUUUAUAAGGUGACUGCAGAAAUGGGAGAGCCUUUGGGAGUUGUCCUCGAGAAAAUGAACCACCUUGAGAGGUUAAUUUUGACUUCAAUCAACAAGGAUGAAGUUAUAAAUUUAAAAUGCAUUUCAUCGCCUCCUCCUUUUUUGCGUUAUCUCCAAUUGAAUUGUCGACUAGAACAAUUGCCAAAUUGGGUUUCGGAACUUCAUAAUCUACAAGGAUUGUCAUUAAGUUACUCAAGGUUUAUCGACGAUCCAAUGAAAUGCCUCCAUGCAUUGCCCAAUUUAUCAUACCUUCGCAUGGCAUAUGAUGGAGGGGAAAUGCAUUUCCAGAAAGGUGGUUUUCCAAAACUCAAGCAACUUAAGUUUGACGAUUUGAAAGGAUUAAAGGUGGUUAGAAUAGACGUAGGAGCACUGCCUCUUCUUGAAGAGUUUCACUUUGGGCGUUGUGCACUAAUGAAGGAGAUGCCUUCCGAUAUUCAACACCUUUCAAACCUCAAAUCUUUCUCUAUUCAUGACAUGCCAAGGGAAUUUGUGGUUCGUUUGCAACCAGAUGGAGGCAUUGAUUACUGGAAAAUUCAGCAUGUGCCUUCCGUCACCUUCCAUUAUUACAAUCGUGGAUACUACAAGCUUGGUAGCUCUGACUUGAUACAACAUCUGCAGCGGCAAGCUAGUUGAUCAACAAUGUCGAGUUUCGUAGGUGCACUCCUAUAAUCCUCUUUGUAAGCCAUUAUUUUAACGUUAUUGAUCUCUUCUUUCUGGUUAGCUCUACCAUUAUUUUAACGUUAUGAAAUCAAAUUGAAAGCCAUGUUUUUUAUAGACCAUUUCAGGUAGUAACGACC